AAAGUUUUAAAAAAUUAUAUGAUUUGUUGUUUUAUUUACUUCAACUUUGUGACUACUGUUCAAAAUUUUGGGGUGAAUUUGCUGCCUUAUUUUAUUUAGGGUCUUGUUCGCAACUUCCCAUAAAGUGUGUUAGCUUUUUUUCAUCGUUUUUUACUUUCUAUUCCUCUUUUGUUAUUUUCCCUUAAAAGAAGGCCUGGCUCCAAACUUAAUGGGCUAUGCCCAUUUGAAAAUAUCUAAUUUGCAAACCGACUCUCGAUCUAUAUCACUGACUUUUGCGGCCCAUGCCCUACUCCUUCCAUGUACUAAAAGGAAGCUCUUCGAAAAAACUGCAAAAUCGCGCGCCAAUCCGUGGUUUUCAGUCAGCUCGAUUCCCAACUCGAAGACUCUGUACCGGAAAGUCGAUCCCAAAUUCGCCAAUCCGGGAUACAGCAGACUUUCUCCUCCCUCCUGUAAUCCAUUCAGCAUCGUCCCCAAAUCACAAUUCCUUACUAGCUCUCCUAAACCGCGCCUUGAUUUCUUGAAUUCCAAGCUUCCUCCCAAUUAUGUUGCUGGGCUUCGCCAUGGUGCCACUGGAUUCACAACGCGGUCCGAUAUUGGGCCUGCCCGAUUAUUCACAUCUGACCUCCCGUAUCGAUCUACCGUGGCUGCCUCCGGCAGUGGCCGUGGAAAGCCUGAAGAAGACGAGGAAGAGGAUGAGUUUGACGAUUAUCAGGGUAAUGAUGGGGGGCUUUUUGCGUCUACAAAAUAUGGGGAGGAUAACAGGGAAGCGGACGCAAUCUGGGGAGAUGGAUUCGAGGAUGAAAGAUCGAAGAGAGGCCAGAAACAAGAAGAAACGAUUCCAGAGUUUUGUACCAGUUCCAGAUACCUUUCUGGAGAACGCAAGGUAGGAGCAGGAACAUGUUACGGUUCUGGACCCAAAGAGCCUGGCUGCAGGAGGAAUGGAAACCCCUUGGGCCCAAACACCAGCGGGAUAACUGUGGUGGAUCCAAAGAGUUACUUGACUGAUUUGAAGAGCAUGGAGAAAACUAGUUGUGCAGAGCUUUCACAUAUUAAGAAGCCGAGGUUAUUACUUAAGAGUGUCAUACAAACAAACCAUAAGCAUCCACCUGGAUGGAUUCCUUCUGCUGGGUUGGAGGAGGAGGUUGGGAAGAUACAGGCUGCAAGGCAGUUAAUUCAGAAGGGAUGUGAGGAGUAUCCAAAGAUCGAGGAUAUGUGGUUGGAGGCAUGUAGGCUUGCGAAGCCAGAUGAUGCAAAAGCGGUGAUUGCCAGAGGAGUGAAGUCAGUUCCCAAUUCAGUGAAGCUGAGGUUGCAGGGUGUGAAAUUGGAGCAUGAUGAUGUGAAUAAAAGCAGGGUGUUGAGGAAGGGUUUGGAGCAGAUACCAGAUUCGGUGAGGCUGUGGAAGGCUGUUGUGGAGCUAGCCAAAGAGGAGGAUGCAAGGUUGUUGCUUCAUAGAGUAGUGGAGUGCUGUCUGUUGCAUGUGGAGUUGUGGUUAGCUCUUGCAAAGCUGGAAACAUAUGACAUGCGAAGAAGGUUCUUAACAAGGCCAGAGAAAAGUUGUCUAAGGAGCCUGAGAGAAGGAUUGGUGAUUGACAGAGAAGUUUGGAUGAAGGAGGCUGAGGCUGCUGAGAGAGCAGGGUAUGUGGCAACUUGCCUGGCAAUUAUUCAUAAUACUAUUGGUAUUGGGGUGGAGAAAGAACAUAGGAAGAGAAACUGGGAUGCUGAUGUUGUAGAAUGUAAGAAGAGGGGCUCUAUGGAGACCACCAGGUCUAUUUAUGCUCAUGCUCUUAUGGUCUUCUUGACAAAGAAGAGCAUUUGGCUGAAAGCAGCUCAACCUGAAAAAGGCCAUGGGACUAAGGAGUCCCUUGAUGCUCUCCUGCAUAAAGCAGUGACUUAUAGGCCACAGGAUGAGGUUCUCUGGCUUAUGGGUGCCGAAGAGAAGUGGCUUGCUGGGGUUUUGCCUGUAGCUCGUGCUAUUCUUCAAGAAGCUUAUGCUGCAAUACCAAUUCAGAGGAGACAUGGCUUGCAGCUUUUAAGCUCGAAUUUAAGAAUCAUGAACUUGAGAGAGCAAGAAAGAACGCUGGUUGCUAAGGCUUUAGAAGGAGGAGGUACAGAAAGAGCGUGGAUGAAGUUGGCCAUUGUUGAGAGAGAACUAGGAAACAUUGAAGAAGAAAGAUCAUUGGAUGAAGGGUUGACACGAAUUCUUUCAUUCUUUAAAUUGUGGUUGAUGCUUGGGCAGUUGGAGGAACGGCUUGAGAAAAUGAAUGGAAUAGCUAAGGCUUGUGCUGUGCUUACACUGGCAAGGAAGAAGAAUCCACAACAGCCUGAAAUCUGGCUUGCUGCUGCCCGGACUAAAUCAAGGCAAUGGUCACAGCGUAAAAGCAAGAGUGUAGAUGCGUUCACGAAAUUUGAGAAAGAUCCCCAUGUGGUUGCUGCCGUGGCCAAGUUGUUCUAUGAAAGGGAGGUGGACAAGGCUAGAUCAUAUCUCCAUCAAGCAGUGACACUUGCUCCUGAUAUUAGUGGUUUUUGGGCAUUGUACUACAAAUUUGAACUUCAACAUGGGAAUGAGGAGAAUCUGAAGGAUGUAUUGCAAAGAUGUGUUGCUGCAGAACCAAAACAUGGUGAGAAAUGGCAGGCAAUUUCAAACGCUGUCGAAAACUCUCACCAGCCAAAUGAAGCAACCUUUAUGAAAGUAGUGGUUGCACCAAGCAAGGAAGAAAGUGAUGCUGCUGAAACAUACGGUGGUUGCACAGGAAUACUGAAAACCUGUUGGGUUCUUUUUACAAAGCCCAAUCAAAAUAGAGAGAGGGAAAGACGAAAGAAAUGGCGCCAAAACUCUACCAAGCAAGCAUUAAAGCGUGAAAGGAAACGGUACGCACCUCGAGUCUUCUCUUCUCCCUCUAUGUUUCUCUCGUUCUUCGUCUUUCCUCUACGAUUUCCGAUUCAGACUAUCGAUUUAUGCUUGUUUGGUUGCCGAGAAAACGAUCCAAGUUGUGAAAGGAAACGGUUCUUCGAAUUCCAUUCGUGAAAGGAGUAAAAUGGUUAGAUCAGCUAAAGAAUAGUAGUUUUGCGGGCAGUAAGCAGGGCGUCUUUGGUUCUUCUUCUUUGAUGCAUUAAUUAGGUAUGCUUCUAUGAUUCUACUAACUCACAUAUACACAGACACAUGCAAUCAAGUCCAUGUGGUUAG